UCUAUGCGCUUCAGACGGUCUUGGGGGAGACUACCACGAACACAGCCUCUCCUCGAGUGCUCACAGAUAAUAAUACGAAUACGAAUACUCAUAAUACUCAUAAUAAAAAGAGCAGACGAGACACGAGGAUAGCUGCGAGAAAGGAGCGCAAACAGCAUCUGGAAAAAAGCACCGAAGAAGAAGGAGACGAUCCUCCCCCUCCACCCCACACCCCGUCGCCAACCCGCCCUAUCUACCCCACCACUCCAUGCCAUCCCUCUGGUUCGAACUGCCCUCCCACCCCGUCAGGAGAACCACGACCACCCAGAGGAAAUCCCCACUUGACCAGCGUUGCCAUUGAGCGAUGCGCUUUGAAUUUAGGGAGAUAUCACCUGCGUUUUUUUAUGCACAACACAAGCAGUGGUCUUCAUUUUUUAUUUUUUUUCCUCAGCGGGAACAGUUAAGGUUACGGAUUUGGGUGUUUACACUUUUUGACGGGUUUCCAGUGGCACGAUAACAUGCAGACUGUAUCAUCCCACGGCAACAGACACGGCUGUCAUUCCAUAUAUUAGUCUUUAUUCAAACGACCAGCAGUCAAAUUCGCUGCCUGUGAGCUUAUGUUUGAUUUUUUUCUUCUUUUCUUUCCAUGCUAAGAAAGAAUCCUGACAAUGGUCUGGGAACGGACCGCCUCUACAGACACCUAGUUAUAUCUUUUUUACCAGCUCUGUAUUUCGCCUUUUAUCAAAGAAAAAGCGACACACUGACGAGGAGUCAUUUGACACCGACGCCGCUCGAGCCAGAGGACUUUGUGUGCGAAGUUUGCGCCGGCGAGAGGGGGGCCAAGUCGGAGACAUCGCGGCCAUAUCCACGGCGUUUUCCCUGAAAGGUGGGAGGUCAGCUGUUUGUGGUCAUGCUGUCCCUGGACGAGCCCCUGGACCUGAAGCUCCCUCGACGGGCGAACGGAUGGGACAGAGGGGCGCGCUCCCCCCCCAUCUCUCCGCUGCACCCCAAGCGAGCUCGCCAGCUCCGCAUGGCGGAUGACGGCACCGCAGUCAUAGACCCCGCCUCUCCAGGAUCUCCGCACUCGGGUGUGCAGGUGGUACCACAUGAUUGGGCAGACACCCCCACGCCCCCUGCGGUGGACCUGAGCAUGUCUCCCUCCUCCCGCCACACAGCCAGCUCUCCAGAAAUGACCAACGGCAACUACAUCGCCUCAGGAAAUUCUCUCAUGUCACAAGCCUUUCGGUUCUUCGUGCCAAUCGGAGCUCGGGCGGGACUUCACCUGCCAUCCUCAAUGUUCAUUGGCCAGACGAACGACAAGAGGGCCUCUCCUGACCUCUCAGCGGAUGAACAACUGGCCUGCCACUGGAAGAAGUGCCAUCUGCUCUUUGACUCCCUGCAAGACCUGGUGGACCAUGUCAACGACUUCCAUGUCAAGCCUGAGAAGGAUUCUGGGUACUGCUGCCACUGGGAGGGCUGCGCUCGCAAAGGGAGAGGUUUCAAUGCGCGGUACAAGAUGCUCAUCCACAUCCGCACUCACACGAACGAGAAACCCCAUCGCUGUCCCACCUGCAACAAGAGCUUCUCACGCCUGGAGAACCUCAAGAUACACAACCGGUCACACACAGGGGAGAAGCCCUACAUUUGUCCUUAUGAGGGCUGCAACAAGCGCUACUCCAACUCCAGCGACCGCUUCAAGCACACCCGCACGCACUACGUGGACAAGCCGUACUACUGCAAGAUGGUGGGCUGCCUGAAGCGCUACACUGACCCGAGCUCUCUCCGCAAGCACAUCAAGGCCCACGGCCACUUUGUGACUCAGGAGCAGGGCUCAGCAGGUGGGGUGGGCUCGCUGCUGAGGGGGACUCAAAGCGGAUUGCUUGCUCGCGAAGGGGGUAAGGAUUCAGAGCUGUCCUAUAUGAGCGCAGCCCACAUUAUCAUCCCGGGGGCCGCGGCUGCUUUCCUUGGAGGCCACGCCCUGCAGGGUCUGGGUGGCGGUCUUCCCCUGUCCCGCCUCAGUCCUCGGCCCCUGGAUCUCAGCAUGCUCGGUUGCACCGGCUCACCGCCCAUCCUGUCCUUCAACGGCUCCACGCUGGGCCUGGCCAAAUCCACUCUGCUCAACCCGGGCUUCCACUCCUCGGCCCUGGGCCUGUCGAUGAUGCCCAUGCUGGGAAUUUCGUCCGCGCGCAGGUCCCACAGCCAACAGGCCAAGAGGGGCCGGGGGGAGGGGGCAGAAAACGAGAUGACUGGGGGGGUCUUGAACCUCUCCACGGGAUCCCAUGAUUCCCUGUCCUGGGUGGUCAUCCCCCCAGGCACCGUGGUGCUCAAGCCAGCUGUGGUCAACUGAUACACACAUCCAUGCAUACACACACACACACACAUUCCAGAAGAGCCCAUGGGGUCGGGAUGGGAGGGUGAACGCCAUAGUGGGGGUACAGAAGGUCAAAGGUGAGAGGGACUGGCUCGCACAAUCAAUUCCAGGCAAUGCAUUUCAGAGAGAGGUUGUAAACAGAGAAAAACUGGAGGAACUCAUCAAACUCUCAAAUCGAUAACACUCACAAGAAAUAAGUACACAACGCAAGCCUCUUGUAUUGAUGGGAAACUAGACUUGGGGCCCAAGAAGAAGAACUGAAAUUCAGUACCAUAUAUGGCUCUGUAUUUUUACCACAAGGCCCAACAUCGGGCUCCUCUUUGCUCUCCUAUUUUGUAUUUUAUUCUUUAUUCAUUCCUGUUUUCUUGAUGUGACAGUCUUAGUGCUCUGUGUUCCUACAAAAGUCCUGAUUCAUUGAUACGUAUUUAUGUAACUACUGCAUAGACAGUGUGCCUCCAGCUUAGCAGUGAGAUAGAUAUACCAUGUAACUGAAUGACGCACUCACCGUUAGGCAAACUUGCACGUAAUAGGACAAUUCUCCAUAGUUGAAGUUGAAGUUAUAAACUAUUUUUCACAAUCUGCUGGGAUUAAUAUGAUUCGGAUAGGCUUGCCAGACCAAAGCAAGUGAACUCAAACUGUCUUGGAUUUGCAGUUUCAGCUCUGAGACCAAUCAAAUACAGCACGUAAUAGUGUCAACUGGUUAUCGUACUGAAACCUCCAAACUGCUGCUAACCUCUCAGCUCCCUCAGUGUAACGUGAACUGGGAGAGAGCACUUUUGACAAUCUGUCCCCAGUUUGGAGACCGAGAUGGACCAGCCUAGUCCACCAGAGUGUGUGCAGACUAGGGGCUUUCAGGGCACAGAGCGAACUGAUGACCUAACGCAGACAGACGGUGUUGCAUCACCUGACAACGACCAAUCAUCACUUCAUCUUUGACAUGAGUGAUAUGUGUAAUGUAACCCACCAGCGUGUCUGGCUCCCCCCUCUGGUUGGACUCGAUACACAACGCCCCGCUCUCCAUUUACAGAACUCGCACUGUUUUCACUUCUGGAUUGUCCAGCUGCUGCCCCGUAAUUGAAUCAACACGGCCAGUUUGUGUAUGAGAGGGCCACUGUGGCGAUACACACUAGUUUCUUGCUUUAACAAAAAAUAGUGUCCCGACCGAAAAACCAGCUGUGAAAGACAGGUGGUCGUCAAACUUAACCUUAUCGGUUGGUUUUGUCCCAAGUUUAACAAUCCCCAUGCUGUGCCAAAAGUACCUGGAGAGCGGGAAGAGGAACGUGGUAUGGGGCCACGGGGGGUUGUGAUGCACUCAAUGCCACAUGCAGCUGGACUGACCAGCCACACGAUUGCAAACUGCCUCAUUUUACUCUGUCCAAAAGGGGCAAAAACUAAAGACUCUUUUGACGUCUGGGAACUCUUUUCUCACGUUUACGAUCAAGCAGUCUUACACACGCACUUACCACAUGCUAUACUCCUUACAAAAUGUUUUACAAAAUGUUACUGCCAAGUGAUGGUUCUUUAAAAAACAAAAAAAUAGAUUGCUCUUUUUUCUGCGAGGGGCUAUUUUCCCGUGGGCUCAUUCCAGGCCUGCUCAGAGCUCAGAGCUCAUGUUCAAUGUCGACUGCCGUCUCCACAGCGGAGAGAAGCGGGGAGCAGGAGGGGUCGUUCCCCAAGAGACUGUCACACUCCACCCUCCUCUUUUCUCACUCCUCCAUCUCUGCUGAUGUUGGUGGUCUUACCUUUUUCACCGUCCAGUCUUAGAAAUAAUCAGUUGUUUCUGUUUUUUGUAUUGUUGUCCUUAUUCUUUACUGUUCAGACGAGACAUUUAUUUCUGAUGUUGAAGUUGCUUGUUGUGUUCUGUGACGGCUGCUCUGCACUCAGCUUUCUGCUGCCGAGGAUGAGUCUUUGAAGAGGCCGAGGAGGAGACGAGAGGGAGAGGUUGGGUUUGAGAUCAAUCUGAGGGGUCAUAUGACGAUUACAUUUCGUAGAAGAGAGAGGAAAAGCUUUUAUUUUUUCCUAUUUUUAGGCUAUGCUAGUAAUGUGUCUCAGUGGCGGGCCGGUCCACCCUGUUGGUCCGGACUGAAAUAUCCUCAUGACUCCCCGACUUUUCAUAGUGACAUCACAGGGUCAACAAUUCAGUUUGCCCAAAAAGUUGAGGACUAAAAUUCCACAACACUAAUGACAUCGACAGCCUCAGCAGCACUUCGUGCUAAUCACAACAUUUGAACACGCCAAUAUGCUAAAAUGAGAUGGUGAGCCCAUUAAAUAGUACCUGCCAAACAGCAGCAUGAUACAUUGUCUCAGUGACCAUGCUACAAUCCUGAUGUUAGCUUUUAAACACAACCGUGCCCGAGUGCUGCCUCACUGUGAAAUACCGAAUAUAGCUAACACAAUGUGGGAAAGAGAAACCACUCUUUAGUUGAACUGCUCACAACUAAAUGUGCAAACUCCGGCCGUGGUAAAGGGAUGAUGUUGCUUCAUUGAAGUCCCGACAAGCCACAAAGGUUAGAGAUCACCACUCUGGGGGAAAUAAGAAAAUAUAUAUCUAGUGGACCAAAUCAUAUCACAUUGCUCCAUGACAAUCAUAUUAUGAGAUCAUUUAGAGAUGGUUUGGGCAUAAAAUACUAUCUGUCCUAAAUGUCCUAACACAAUUCUCCUCGGGGCUAAAUUAGAUCUGCAAACGCUGCUUCCUUUGUUCUGACUUUUAAUUUCCAUCAGCAGAUAAAGGCAGUCCGUAGAGAAAUAACAUCCGACUGUGAAAUGGCGGGCGGCGCUGGGAAAGCAUGAGAGCAAACAGGGACAGGAUUGGCUGUAUGAAUGGACAAGGGAAGGGAAGAGGGAAGAGGCUGUGUGCCAGCAGAGCAGAAGAGGCAGAGGAUCGCUGCUCCGUGCAGCCGCCCUCCAUCUGGUCACCUGCCCAGCUAACGGCCCCCGAUGUGGCAGCGACUCACAGGCCACCAGCCUGCAGGGAACUGGGCCACUGAACUCUGUCUGCCCUCUGAGGGGGGUUUCUUCUUCUUUUUUGUGUCAAACCCAAAAGGCUCUGCUCCCCCACCACAAAGCAUUUGACCAGCGAUGAGGGGAAACAGGCAGACUAACAAGCUGCGUUCACAGUAAACAAAAACAAAUAUAGCCCUUCCUGUGUGAGGCUGAUAACUGAGGGCCUGUGAGGAUUCACAGCAGAGAUGAACAUACCUUUGUUUCUGCGUCAGUGAUUCUUAGUCAUCGUUAUUUUAGACACCCCCCCUCUCUCUCUCUCUCUCACACACACACACACACACUCACAGCAGCCUGCCUCUGCGUUCAUGCUGGCCAUUGAAGUGAAUAUCUCGUUGUGAGUGGACAACCCUGGCAUGUGAUGUCAUUAGAAACAGGUGUUAUGUAGGCUAGACAUGGUUUCCGUGGCAACAGUGAAACCCACAGAUGCGGCGUCUCUCCUCCUCCUCCUCCUCCGUCUGUCUGUCUCUCCUCUGCAGAUCGAAAGCCAGGGACAGAAAGAGGCGGCAGAAAGCUGAAUAAUAUGACACGGACCCUCACGGGGUCCACAUCUUUCCAAUAUCAAAUAAGCUGUAUGAUCCAUUAACCCUUUGAGCUCAGUCUGUAAUGAACUGCACUUUUGUUCCCCUCAUACGGGGAUGUCGCCACAUCCUCUCUCAGUGUACAGCAUUAUUCGGCAGUUGUUUCGAGAACCAAGAAUAAUUGUAAAAAUCAUCCUCGGUCGUUAAAAUGUCUGAAUUUGAUGUCUUGUUUUUUGACGGUAUAAAAGUGGUACUUGCUCCUGGAGAUUUUAAAGUAACCCUCACUUAAUGCUAUGAAAGGUGGAACUGAAAUCCAGGGCACAGAAUUAGUUUUACAAGCUAUGUCGGUGUCGUUGUAAAGCCGUUGACCGAAGUGCCACAGUGUUGCACAAAGGGUUGAUGAUGAGACUAGGGCCACGCAAGGCCUGUUCCAAGUUAUGUUUUUUGCACAUUUGUGAGAUAUUGUCAGUAUUUUAAUUUUUCCAAGUGCCUUUUUAUUAUAGGUAAAAUAAAGAAGCUAUACACUAUAUGAAAAAAAUGAUUAUAUGAAAAUAUAUUUUUCCUGGCAUCAUGUUCUGUGGUUGAACAUGCAGAAUUUUAGAGUUGUAAGUCUCAAAUUGGUACAACAAAGCGGUGUUCUCCUGUUUUAGAGGAAUUUUAUUACGAUAUUGAUAAUAAUGUCAAUGAAAAGAAAAAAUGUUUAAUAAAGUUGUAUUUGAUA